AUGAUGCUAUCGUGGAAAUCCUCCUGCACUCCUUAUUCCAGGGGUGUCGUGAGGUCGGCGCGCCUGUGCCUACGACCAGCACUUCUCGUGCACGCGCAACCAUGGCAAUUUCCCGUGACUGGACGGACACAAUGCUACUCAACAGCUGUCAACAAUGAAGCCGCUCCCAAACGAUCUCUUUCAGUUCCUGCCUCCUCCAGGUUCAACGACAUCGGAGUCCAGCAGCUUAGCGACUAUGUUCAUCCGCAAGUCUUCCCGGACAAGACCCGGACCCCCGAUCCGGAGCUUGUUGCCCUGUCACGAGACCAUCUCGCCCGACACGAUCUCCUUGGGAAAUCCCAAAGUGGUGCCGACCCGAUUGCGUUCGACCUGCCACCGCUUCAGGGAAAGACAUUAGACGAACAUUUCUACAAGCUUGGAAUGGAUGCGUCCGAGCCGUACCUGACUUACGCCAAGUCAUAUGCUGCAGUCACCUGUCCGACCAAACCGCGCAAAUGGGUUAGACGCAGUGGAUGGACCAAAUACUCUCCCGAUGGCAACUCGGAGCCAGUGGACGCUCCUAAUGAGGAGAUGCUCACCUUUGACACCGAGGUGAUGUACAAGGAACAUCCAUUUGCGGUUAUGGCUUGCGCAGUGAGUCCAACUGCGUGGUAUGCGUGGAUAUCUCCUUGGCUCCUGGGGGAAUCAAAAGAGCAAUGUCACCUUGUACCGUUGGGAGACCCCUCUCAACCACGCAUCAUUGUUGGUCAUAACAUAGGAUACGAUCGGGCUCGAGUGCUGGAGGAGUACGAUAUGCAACAGACUCGCAACUUUUUUGUGGAUACAAUGUCUCUUCAUGUGGCUGUGAACGGCAUGUGCUCACAGCAAAGACCGACUUGGAUGCGCCACAAAAAGAACAAGGAUCUCCGGGAUAAGAUUGCAAAUGAGCAUAAUUCCGUGGAACUGGCUUCGCUGCUCGAGAGCAACACGCUGAGGGAAGAAGAGGAAGAGCUAUGGGUAGGACGGAGCUCUGUGAACUCUUUGCGAGACGUGGCCAAAUUUCACUGCGAUGUCACAAUUGACAAGGCACAGAGAGAUUUCUUUGGCGAACUUGAUCGGGAGACCCUUUUGACGAAACUCGAUGAGCUUCUCGACUACUGUGCUGCUGAUGUUUCCAUUACGCACCGAGUCUACCGAAAAGUCUUUCCCAACUUCCUCGAGACCUGUCCGCACCCCGUCAGCUUUGGUGCUCUCCGACAUCUAUCCUCUGUCAUCCUCCCUGUCAAUCAGACUUGGCAGGAGUACCUUGCCAAUGCUGAGGAAACCUACCAUAAACGACUUGAUGACGUGCAACGGAAGUUAGUUGAAUUAUGCAAUGAAGCUUUGCAAGUGAAGGAGCAACCGGAGGUCUACGAAAACGACCCUUGGCUACAGCAGCUGGACUGGACUGGCCAAGAAGUAAAAAUGGUGAAAGGAAAGAAGAAGGGAGACCCUCCACGCCCCGCAGCUCGACAAAAGAAACCUGGCAUGCCAAAAUGGUACAAGGAUCUCUUCCCCACGAGUAACUCGGACAUCAACCUCACUGUGCGCACUCGGAUUGCGCCCAUUCUGCUGAAGCUAUCAUGGGCUGGGCAUCCUCUCAUUUGGUCUGAUAAGUAUGGAUGGACUUUUCGGGUUCCCCGUGACCAGGUCCAUCAAUUUGAGAAUCAACCAGUGGUUCUCUGCGACAUGACCGAAGAGAAGAACGAGCAGCUUCAGAAUGACCGGAAGAAUACAUACUUCAAAAUCCCGCACAAAGAUGGUCCCCAAGCCAGGUGCACCAACCCUCUAGGCAAGGGUUACAUGGGGUACUUUGAGCGCGGAAUCUUGUCAUCUCAAUUCGAACUCGCCAAGGAAGCGUUGGAUAUGAACGCCUCCUGCUCCUAUUGGAUCAGUGCAAGAGAUCGCAUUAGGAGCCAAAUGGUUGUGUACGAGGACCAGGUUCAAAAAGGCGGCCGGGUAAAUGAAGAGUCCAAGAACCGGGUGGGCUUUAUCUUGCCGCAGGUCAUUCCCAUGGGGACUAUCACCCGACGUGCCGUGGAGAACACAUGGCUCACUGCGAGCAAUGCGAAAUCGAACCGCGUUGGCUCCGAGCUGAAGGCCAUGAUUAAGGCGCCCCCAGGUUACGCGUUCGUGGGCGCUGAUGUGGACUCUCAGGAGCUGUGGAUCGCCAGUCUUGUCGGAGACGCUCCCUUCCAAAUCCACGGAGGAAAUGCGAUUGGCUUCAUGACCUUGGAAGGCUCCAAAGCCGAAGGAACUGACUUGCAUUCCCGAAGUGCGCAGAUUCUGGGCAUUUCCCGCAACGAUGCCAAGGUGUUCAACUACGGCCGUAUCUAUGGAGCUGGUGUCAGGUUCGCCGCUACUCUUCUUCGGCAAUUCAACCCGUCCUUGACCGAGAAGCAAACCCAGCAGACCGCUGCCAACCUCUACAAGGAGACCAAGGGUACGCGCACCUCCCGUCGUCUUCUGAGCGAGACACCUUUCUGGCGUGGUGGCACGGAAUCCUUUGUCUUCAAUAAGCUGGAAGAGUUUGCAGACCAGGAAAGACCCAGAACCCCAGCGCUCGGUGCUGGAAUUACCGAGGCGCUCAUGAGGCGAUUCAUCAACAAGGGCAGCUUCAUGACGUCUCGUAUCAAUUGGGCUAUCCAAUCAUCGGGUGUCGAUUAUCUCCAUCUGCUGAUUGUUAGCAUGGAUUAUCUCAUCCGGCGAUUCAACAUCCACGCUCGACUGGCCAUCACAGUCCACGAUGAAAUCCGAUAUCUGGUGAAGGACGAGGACAAGUACCGUGCGGCGCUGGCUCUGCAGAUUGCCAAUGUCUGGACACGGGCCAUCUUCUCGCAGCAAGUGGGCAUUGAUGACCUCCCUCAAUCAUGCGCCUACUUCUCGGCCGUUGACAUCGACCACGUUCUUCGAAAGGAGGUCGACAUGGACUGUGUCACCCCUUCGCAUCCUCACAAAAUCCCACAUGGCGAGACCUUGGAUAUUUCCAAGCUACUCGAUAUGGAUCAAAAAGCUUUCCUGGAUCCCUCCAUUGUACCCACUUCUCAACCAACCCCGGAAAAAUACUCAUACACUCCGCGGGAGUCGGUCAUGUCUACUCUUCAAGCAUCCAAUGACCCAGCUUUCAUCAAGGCCCAGAUCACAAAAGACGACAAAGAGCUUCGAGAAAUCAUUAAAGAGAAGACUCAAUCCGUCACUGCCUCCAAGCCUUCUCCAUCACGUUCCGCCCCAACCAAAUCGCCGCGUAAAUCUACAGGCUGGGCAUCUGCAGAGCCCCAACGGGCAGUUCUCAUGGACAUGGAAUCUGGACUUUACCCUGACUUCCGAACCCCACUUCGCCCUGCUUCCAGUGGAAACAAACAACCACAAGCAGGCCUCUACAACCGUGCCUCUUGGAAGCCACGACCUUCUGCUCGGGCUUAA